AUGCCGCCUCUGAAAAGUCCAGCUGCAUUUCAUGAACAAAGAAGGAGUUUGGAGCGGGCCAGGACAGAGGACUAUCUGAAACGGAAAAUCCGGUCCCGGCCAGAGAGAUCAGAGCUGGUUAGGAUGCACAUUCUGGAAGAGACCUCAGCUGAACCCUCCUUGCAGGCUAAGCAGCUGAAGCUCAAGAGAGCCAGGCUGGCAGAUGACCUCAAUGAGAAGAUAGCACAGAGGCCAGGUCCCAUGGAGCUGGUGGAGAAGAACAUCUUGCCUGUGGAAUCAAGCCUGAAGGAAGCCAUUAUAGUUGGACAGGUGAACUACCCAAAGGUUGCAGACAAUUCCUCCUUUGAUGAGGACAGCAGUGAUGCCCUCUCCCCAGAACAGCCAGCCAGCCAUGAGUCCCAGGGGUCUGUCCCAUCGCCGAUGGACUCCCGGAUUUGUGAGCCUCUCCCUACCACCACUGGCACAUCACUAGCUCAGGGUUCAUCCCAAUUGCAGAUUAACACAGACUCCAGUGAAACCCUUUUCCUACCUGAACAGCCACCCCCGCCUCUGCCACCUCCACCUCUUCUGCCUCCUAGUCUUACCAAUGGAGCAGCUCUUACUGCUGCCAAGCCCCCACCAACACUCAUUAAGCAAAGCCAGCCCAAGUCUGCUAGUGAGAAGUCUCAGCGCAGUAAAAAAGCCAAGGAGUUGAAGCCGAAAGUCAAGAAGCUUAAAUAUCAUCAGUAUAUUCCCCCGGACCAAAAGCAGAACAAGGGAGCUCCUCCCAUGGAUUCAUCCUAUGCCAAAAUACUGCAGCAGCAGCAGCUCUUUCUCCAGCUUCAGAUCCUCAACCAGCAGCAGCAGCAGCACUACAACUAUCAGACCAUCCUGCCAGCUCCUCCAAAGCCUCCAGGAGAGCAGCAGAGUGGUGCCAGUGCCCCUGCUGUACGCAAUCUCUCUGCCACGGUCAGCAGCACAUCUUCAGUAUCCUCUGCUUCCAGUGGGCUGAUUCGACAGAACAGUAACGCUGCAGUGGGCAAGCCUGGCCCUCUCCCUGCCAACCUGGAUGAGAUGAAGGUAGCAGAGCUGAAGCAAGAGCUGAAGUUGAGGGCCUUGCCUGUCUCGGGCACAAAGACGGACCUGAUUGAGCGUCUCAGAGCUUACCAAGAGCAGAAUGGUGCAGCCAGCCAAACAAUUCCCACUCCUAAGCCCAGCACAGCAGCUGUCCUCCCAAAAGCUGCCGAGGUGGUGGUACCCUUCCCAGCUGCCCGACUGAGCACAGGGCCAGCCCUGGUCACAACUGGCAUUGCACCAGCAGAAGUAGUUGUGGCCACAGUCACUGGUGGUGGCGUGAUGAAGUUUGGCAGCACAGGCUCAACUCCUCCUGUUUCUCCCACUCCUUCUGAGCGCUCGCAAAUGAGCACAGGGGAUGAGAACUCGGCCACUGGAGACACCUUUGGAGAGAUGGUGACUUCACCCCUGACCCAGCUCACCUUGCAGGCGUCUCCAGUGCAGUUCCUGGUGAAGGAAGAAAGUUCGAAGUCUGCCUCCUGCGGCGUAAAUGCAGCACCCAGGUCAGAGCGCUGCAGCACUGGUAACAGCAGAGAUGCAGAAGCUAGGGACAAAGACCAGAUGCUGCAGGAGAAGGACAAGCAGAUCGAGGAACUCACCCGCAUGCUGAAGCAGAAGCAGCAGCUGGUUGAGAUGCUUAGACUACAGCUAGAGCAGGAGAAGCGCUCUCAGCAGUCACUACCGGCCCCAGCAGCUGCAGGAGAAGGAACAGCCCUUGUCUCCAACCCAGUAGCAUUGGGCACCCAGGUCAAGAGUGAAAACGGUUUCCUGAGUUGCCAGUUUGCAAAGCAAUCCAGUGGCCAAACAGACCAAUUCAGCCCUGCACCAACCACUAGCCAAAUGGACACUUCAGAUCCAAGCCCAGUGCCAAAGAAAGCCGUGAUGGUGAAGCAGGAGGUGCCAGCUGCAGAAGCAGAGCCGCCGUGCCAGUUCCACAGCCCACGGCUUUUCCUUGGCCAGCAAGGGAGUGCCCUGAGUGACCUCAUCAAGAGCACCCCUCCCCCUACCCUCAUCACUGACUCCACAGGGACCCACAUCGUCCUCACCGUGACCAAGCAGAGCACCGAGAGGCAGGGCCUCUCACCCCACGGGAAGGCCGGGAGUAGCUGCCCAGCCUUGCAGCCCUCAUCGCAGCCCAGCUCGCCUGCUGUCCCUUCCCCAUCCCAGAUGGACCAGGAGCAGCAACAGCACACGUCGCUUUUUGGAACUCCUCCACCUCCUCUCCCUGUUCCCUCGGUCCCAAUGAAAGAGCCACCAGGCUAUGAAGAGGCUGUGAAGCAACAGCCAAAGGCCCAGGAGAAUGGCUCUUCCAGCCAGCAGAUGGACGACCUGUUUGACAUUCUCAUCGAAAGUGGAGAGAUUUCUGCCGACUUCAAGGAUGAGUCGUCCCCAGCUGGGAAAGAACCACCCGUGGCCCCAGCCUGCUCCCCACCGCCCAGCAGCCACCAUUCCUCAGAGCUGGCGGUGCCAGUGUCCUUAGGGCAGCCGGUGCCCGUGGGCCGACUGGAGGACUUCCUGGAGAGCAGCACUGGCCUCCCGCUGCUGACAGCAGGCCACGAUGGGCCAGAGCCCCUGUCCCUGAUUGACGACCUCCACAAUGAGAUGCUGAGCAGCUCGGCCAUCCUGGACCACCCGCCUUCACCUAUGGACACCUCGGAAUUGCACUUUGCUCACGAGCCGUCUGGGGGCAUAGCCCUGGAUCUGGCUGAGGCUAACUUGGAAAGCAUGGACUGGCUGGGGGUGCCCGGGGGUUUUUUCUGGCUCCCCUGAGCACUGCAGCUCCCAGCCUCUUUUCCACAGACUUCCUUGAUGGACACGAUUUGCAGCUGCACUGGGAUUCUUGCUUGUAACUCUGUGAGCAGAGACUGAAGGGAAUGGGAGUGGGAGGGCACGGGCAUGCAGGGGGAAGAGGCCAGUCAACCAAAAAAAACCCAAAAAACAAAA